UUUCUCAUCUUAACUUCAAGGUCCUUGGUCAGUCUUCAAUCGGUUCCUCUGACGCGCUGUGGCUAAAGAGAUUCUGGUGUUUUAAUCGGAAGUGUAUUCGAAGAGUGAACGAUAAGUCGGCUGGUUUCUGUUGAGAUGGCUGCUGAGACAGAGACGUUUGCUUUUCAGGCGGAGAUCAACCAGCUGCUGAGUUUGAUCAUCAACACCUUUUACAGUAACAAGGAGAUCUUUCUUCGUGAGCUCAUCAGUAACGCCUCCGAUGCUCUGGACAAGAUCAGAUUUGAAAGCUUGACUGACAAGAGCAAGCUUGAUGCUCAGCCAGAGCUGUUCAUCCACAUUGUUCCAGACAAGGCUAACAACACACUGUCCAUUAUUGACAGUGGUAUUGGCAUGACCAAGGCUGAUUUGGUCAACAAUCUUGGCACCAUUGCAAGGUCCGGAACCAAGGAGUUUAUGGAGGCAUUGGCUGCUGGUGCUGAUGUCAGUAUGAUUGGUCAAUUUGGUGUUGGUUUCUACUCGGCUUACUUAGUUGCAGAGAAGGUUAUUGUCACUUCCAAGCACAAUGAUGAUGAACAAUACGUCUGGGAAUCCCAAGCUGGAGGAUCAUUCACUGUUACCAGAGACACCUCCGGUGAGCCUCUUGGCCGUGGUACUAAGAUUACCCUCCACCUUAAGGAGGACCAGCUUGAGUACCUAGAGGAGCGCAGAUUGAAGGAUCUCAUCAAGAAACACUCUGAAUUCAUUAGUUACCCAAUUUCUCUUUGGAUUGAGAAGACAACUGAGAAGGAAAUUUCUGAUGAUGAAGAUGAGGAAGAAAAGAAGGAUGAGGAGGGUAAGGUUGAGGAUGUGGAUGAGGAAAAGGAGAAAGAAGAGAAAAAGAAGAAAAAGAUCAAGGAGGUGUCCCAUGAGUGGUCUCUGGUGAACAAGCAGAAGCCAAUCUGGAUGAGGAAGCCCGAGGAAAUCACAAAGGAAGAGUAUGCUGCUUUCUACAAGAGUCUGACCAAUGACUGGGAGGAGCACUUGGCUGUGAAACACUUCUCAGUUGAAGGUCAACUUGAGUUCAAGGCUAUCCUCUUUGUUCCCAAGAGGGCACCCUUUGAUCUAUUUGACACAAGAAAGAAGCCCAACAAUAUUAAGCUCUAUGUCCGUCGUGUCUUUAUCAUGGACAACUGCGAGGAGUUGAUCCCUGAGUACCUUAGCUUCGUGAAGGGUAUUGUUGACUCCGAGGAUCUUCCUCUCAACAUCUCAAGAGAAACGCUUCAACAGAACAAGAUCCUCAAGGUCAUCCGAAAGAAUUUGGUGAAGAAGUGCAUAGAGCUUUUCUUUGAGAUUGCUGAGAACAAGGAAGACUACAACAAGUUCUAUGAGGCCUUCUCUAAAAACCUCAAGCUCGGUAUCCAUGAGGAUUCCACGAACAAGACCAAGCUUGCCGAAUUGCUUAGAUACCAUUCUACCAAGAGUGGUGAUGAGAUGACAAGCUUGAAAGAUUACGUGACCAGAAUGAAGGAGGGCCAGAAUGACAUCUAUUACAUCACCGGUGAGAGCAAGAAGGCCGUGGAGAACUCCCCAUUCCUUGAGAAACUGAGGAAGAAGGGUUAUGAAGUGCUUUUCAUGGUUGAUGCCAUUGAUGAGUAUGCUAUAGGUCAACUCAAGGAAUUUGAGGGCAAGAAGCUUGUCUCUGCAACCAAAGAAGGUUUGAAGCUUGAUGAGACUGAAGACGAGAAGAAAAAGAAGGAAACUUUGAAGGAGAAGUUUGAGGGUCUGUGCAAGGUGAUCAAGGAUGUUUUGGCUGACCGUGUUGAGAAGGUUGUCGUUUCUGACCGUGUUGUUGACUCUCCCUGCUGUUUGGUGACCGGUGAGUAUGGGUGGACAGCCAACAUGGAAAGGAUAAUGAAGGCUCAGGCGUUGAGGGAUAACAGCAUGGCAGGAUACAUGUCCAGCAAGAAGACGAUGGAGAUCAACCCGGAGAACCCCAUCAUGGAGGAGCUGAGGAAGAGGGCAGAUGCGGACAAGAAUGACAAAUCUGUGAAGGACCUUGUUCUUCUUCUUUUCGAGACUGCCCUUCUCACUUCCGGAUUCAGCCUUGAUGAUCCGAACACCUUUGGAAACAGAAUCCACAGAAUGCUGAAACUUGGGCUGAGCAUUGAUGAAGAUGCUGCCGAAGAUGCUGACAUGCCCCCACUGGAGGAAGCAGCUGAUGAUGCGGAGGGCAGCAAGAUGGAGGAAGUCGACUAAGCUGCAGCUUCUAAUUUUUUUUUGUUUCCUCUAUAUGCCAGUAGUCUUGUCAUUUAGUUUUUAGUUGUGUUAUGGUACUGUUUAAGCCUCUUUCUAUGUGAGGGGGUUUUGGUUUUUUUCUUUUUUUUUUGGGUUUUUUGAAAGUGCCAAGUCCACCGUCACUGAUUAUUAUUAUAUUGUUUACUUUUAAUGGAGUUAGCUUUUCGUA